CGCGCGGUAGCGUUGUGUACGGUUUUCGAAUGGACACCGAAUAAUUCGAAUUUGGAAUCAAUGGACUUUCUCAUUUGAAUUUCGAAUGUGAACUUUACCUCUCGUUACUUCCGGUAGUCGUAUUAUCGCAAUGUGUUGACGUUUGAACUUGUUUUAAAAUAGUGUUAGUGAACUGUCAAAAUGUCCGAGUUGCGUGGUUCUCCGCAACUAUCUAGGGCUGCGUUGGAGAAUGGUUUUGGGGCUCCUCUGGCUGCUCUGAGCUCUCUGGCUGAAGCACCUCCUCCAGCACCAAACCCGCAUGGGAUAGACCAUAUAUUAUCAAGGCCAGCUGUGGGUUCAAACGUUGGUGCCGGUUUACUGACUCCAAGAUUAUCUUUAGCGGCGGCCGCGGCGGGAAUGGCACACUACCUCCAGCACAAACCGUUAUACUGGCCAGGCUUUCAAGGACUUGUUUCUAAUCCUAUGGCGUGGAGAGAGAGGCUACAAACAAUGAGCAACGGUGCGCUAAGCGCCUGCGCAGGGCAAGGCGGUAUGGACAAGGACGGAAAGAAGAAACACACGCGACCCACCUUCAGUGGACAGCAGAUAUUCGCUUUGGAGAAGACUUUCGAGCAGACCAAAUACUUAGCUGGCCCUGAGAGGGCAAAGCUUGCGUAUGCGCUUGGCAUGACAGAAUCACAGGUUAAGGUGUGGUUUCAAAACAGAAGAACAAAAUGGCGGAAAAAGCACGCGGCUGAAAUGGCGACGGCUAAACGCAAACAAGAGGAGCUUGGGGACGAGUGUGACGAGCAAGAAUCCCACGACGCGGACGGCUGUAGUGACGAAGACGACGCCAAACGACCGCGUCUCGACCUCCACAUGCAUCUGCCCCACCACCGGCAGUGAUCGCCCCAAGGCGCGGAAGCUUUGCCCCCCCGCGCCUACCAAACUGACUUCAGAGACAACAGUGCAAGUGUUCACGAAUACUAUUACAAUUACGAUUACAAAGAAGUGGAGGCGCCCUGUGAUCUUUCUAAUUACGAUAGAGGCCGCUAUGAAAAGGGGCAAAAAAGUGACACAGUGGACAGUGAUGUUAACGAAUCGGAUGAGCCCAUUAAUUUUGCGUAUUAUCACUUUUAAAUGACCUUAUUUCGUUGAAUUAGUAACAUUUGUCACGUAUGUCUGUUAAGAUUUGACUUUAAAUCUAGACGUACUUCUGAUCAUUAUUUGCUUCCUCUACGUAUACAUAUGAGUUUGACAAAAUAUUGAACGCAUACCGUAAGGACUGCUAGAAUCAAUGUAACCUUUUGCACUAAAUUUUUGAUUGAAGAAUGUGAUUUCAUUACAUUUGUGUUGAGUAAUUUAUCAAAUUCAGGGUAAACGUUACGUAUACAUUUUGCCCCAUUUUCCCAAAAAAUUGUUUCGUUACUGGUAGUUAUUAACUUAAAACGCAAUUAUUGUAAAUAAAUUAAUAUUAGGAAUGUGAUGUAAGUAAUUUAUUAUAAAUUUAAAAUACUUUUAUUUAGAUGUAUUGUAAAAGUAAUGCGGUGCCAAUUUAAUAUAAAACUAAUCUUAUUUUAUGUAGCAAACUAUGAUCUAGAAUAUUACAGUAUCUUUACCAUGGCAAAACCAUUAAAAAUUUUAAAACAA